AUGUCGGUACUUCGCGGGGGUUCAUACCUCCAGAGAAGACUGACAAAGCUCUAUACAGAUACCAAGUCGUCAUGCGAAAGUGUGACUACGGUUUCAAGACCAAGUGAUGACCCCGAAUUAAUAUCCUUGAAUCUGAGCUACCGAACACAGAAAGACCGGCUGUUGGCCUGGGGUUUAGACUGGAGCGAUGCCAGUGCAGCGCAGCCAAAUGAUAUCGACGAUGCAUUGGCGGAAGCCGGCUUUAGUGAUGUUGUCGCUGGGAUUAUGUCGUCUAUACAAGAACUCCUUAAUGAAGCUGAGAGGCUGCAGCAGCCAGAUAUGCCAAAAUCUUCUCCUGACGGACUGACGACGGGAGUUGUGAAAAUGACAUGGACUGAUCAAGAGAUAUCGAGGUCAAAAUCGUUGUUAGGAGAACUCACCUUGCAUAUCGAUACGCUGUAUGAUUUAUCUCGAUCGAGGCGAGACAUGACUAUGAGUAUGUCAAGUACGAAGCUGCAUCCCUCGACCGCCCAUGCGCACCUUCGACCGCAUUUUGAUAAGCUCUCAAAAGAGCACACCUACCCAGUCCCACCUGACUCAAAGUCACAUCCCACAAAGUAUACCAAUGCGCCCAAUGAUUUCUUCCAGAAAGAUGGAAACUUGGGCUUCUCUUCUAUGGAGUCAGCAAUCCGGCCUUUACAUUCGCAUAGUAAAACGUCGACCGGUGACAAGAACUUGACGGCAGAUCAGAUGUUUCUUCCCCUUUUAUCUUCCACCAAGGAAUUUUACAUUGAUCGCAACUCUCUCAGCCUCUCCAGUGGAGGAAACACCCACACCCCCAACCCUCCACCUUAUGAGCCUAUCGCGGCGUCGGCAAAUUCCCGGAUCUUAGGCCAAUUGUCCACAUCUGCGGUACCUACCCUUCUGACUGAAGGCAUAAGUGGUACCUUCGUUCCAGUUUUGGUUGAAUUUUCUCCUAUUCCGAUGGAGACACAGAACUCGCUUACGCUGCCGAAAAGGUGGAGAUUGCAACGCCUGAGCACAAUUUUACUAGGCCUUAUUUCUAAUGCCAGGGUUUCUCACUUAGGACUACUUAAGUUCCUGGGCUACUUCGUUGAUAUGACAUACUCUCGUUAUGCUUUCAUCUAUCAAAUGCCCUCAGAUAUCCCCGGUUUUACAAAGCAGCCCUCUGAUCCAGCAGAACCCAAGCCUUUGGCUUCCUUAUUUCUUACUGGGUCGGACCCACAAGAUACACCUGUUCCUCAUCUUGAAACAAGAUUUCGGCUGGCGUAUAACCUCAUUCUUGCCGUCUUACACCUCAGAAGUCAGAACCUUGUUCAUGGGAAUAUCAACAGUAAUAACAUUUUGAUAUUUCCCGGUAUGGAGGUGUCUAACAAUGGAAUUGUGGACAAUUUCCCUGCAGACUUUCGUCAUCCAUAUUUGUCCUCUUUAAUGCAAUUCGAUAAUGAGAAUAAUAAUAUUCCACCAGAGCCCCUUUCUCUAGGCAUGUAUCGUCACCCGGAUGACCGGCAAAUUAUGUCGGAUCCCUCUGCAUGGGCGUACGAUCUCUACAGUUUGGGAUUGGUCUUGCUUGAAAUUGGUUUAUGGACCCCGAUUAGUAGACUUUGGAAAAUGAAGUAUGAUAAGAUAAUAUUUAAAACGAGGAUCGAAAACGUCUACAUAAAGAAGCUCGCAGCCAAGUGCGGAUCUGCAUAUCUUCAAGCUGUUCAACUUUGUCUGGAUGCACCGAAUUUUCAUCUUUCGACAUCACCCAUGUCUGAUCUAAGUCUUCGACUUCCACAGACAUACCACUAUCCUUGGAAUGAUCCAAAUCAGGCCAACGAGUGGAACACUUUCUCUAGGAACUUUGUUUAUACAACGAGUAAAAUCCUAUUUCGCUGCAGCAAUCUUGACAUUGUUGCGCCGCCUCCCGAUACAGAUCUUGAGGAGUCACUCCCACCCCCUGUCAGCCUUGGGCCCGAGUCAUCGCCGUAUGAAGAAAUCACGCCACAAAAUCAUUGCCUACCUAAUAUUGAUCCCGCUGUCCCAAUCGAUAUCAGCAAUGAGGGUGCCCCUUUCACUCAUCAAAAUUUACCAAAUAUGAAAGGGAAUAGCGGUGAGAGAAAGGUUAGAAAGCGAACCCUGAAGAAAUGGUCCAAUAUUGAGAUACCAGAUGAACAUCUACAAAUUUGGAAUACAACACUCAUGCCAAAGCUAAGUAAAUUGCUACAGAAGAUUCUGAGGGAUUCAGCAGAAUCUUGUAGCGCCACGCUGAUGGUUGCUGGAGAAUCUGCGGAUUCUGCAAAAACCACCAUUUGCGUUACCUGUACGAAUGUCCGCAAGGUGAAGGCCACUCUUAAGAAGUAUUUUGAUUACGACAAAGACUGGGAUUUGAUUGUGAUUCGAGGGGAUAUAAAUCGAUCCAAAGUACCUCGAAGGCGCCGAAAAAAAGCGAAGGUAAAGAGCAAUGUUACAGCAAAUUUUGUUGCUGAAUUAAAUCCAUAUUACCAGCCGAAACCGAUUUGCGGCGCAUCCAUUGGGGCAUUCCGCCUUGAUGAGCAUCUGCCGCCAGUCUCAUAUGGAGGGGCUAUUCUUGUCGAUGGGGAACCCUAUGGAAUGACUGUUCACCAUAUGAUUGACAGUCCAUACGAUGAAGAGGAAGAAUGCUAUUCUCGUGGCCCCGGCCCAGCCACUGAUUCUGUGCAGCCCUUGGAAGUGCAAGAUCAGGAUUUUGCGUAUACCUGGUGUGAUGAUGUCUUACCUGAGGCAUCGUAUCCCUUUGAGAUUUCUGACGACGAAGAUAUCGAUGGUGAAUCGGUAUCUCAGAGUGCUGACGAUUCAUAUGAUGACUACUGGAUCUCUGAUGGCUAUUCCAGCGAUGAAGGUGGGGAUAUGGACGAUUUCGAUAUCGAUGACGACACUGCCUCAAUCGGCGACACUGUAGGUGUAUGUCCGGAAGACGAACCGCUAAUAAUGGUCACUCAACCGGCCCUAGAUGACAUUGAAGAUGGCUUUUUCCCUUGCCCUGAAGAUAGAGAUGACGAACAUCUUGCGUCACAUUCUCUUGGACAUAUUCACGCCUCCUCUGGACUUCGACGGCUGACCCGAGACGGAAUCAAACACGAAGUAGACUGGGCGCUCAUCAAGAUCGACCCCACCCGCAUGGAUACCACCAAUGCUGUUCCUGCUGUGCCUAUUUCAUACUUCAAUCCCAAUAUCCACCAACAAGGCCAAAGUACCCAUUUUAAAGUGCUCACUAAAGUCGCUAAGCUCGAUGAACUUUCUGGAUCGUACGUGCAGUGUUGCGGAAGGACAAGUGGGUUGCAGAGCGGACGCAUUUCUAAAGCGAUGACCCUUGUUAAGUUACCGGGUCGUCAAUCGUUCUCUUUGAGCUUUUGUGUGGAUGGAAAUUUUGGAGUUCCUGGGGAUUCGGGUGCUUGGGUUUUUGACCAAAACGGCCAGGUAUGCGGUCAUGUUCUUGCAUGGUCAGAAAAGAGCCAGACUGCAUACAUUGCACCAAUGGUCAUCCUCCUCGAUGACAUUGCUCGAACACUCGAUGCCAAAAGCGUAGUGCUCCCUGGAAGUGAGGAAGAAAUCGUAUGGCAAAGCACCAUGGCGGCUACUGGGUCGCCCUGCGUGAAUUUCACCGCAGCGGCCAAAAAACACAACCUGCCAGUACCAGGCCCGCUACCGUUGGAGCUGAGCAAGCUGAGACUCAAUACUUUUGACGAUCCCUCGCCUACACGACCAAGUUCAAACCCUCCUACCAGCAGCGCAGCCACCGUCGGUAAAGAUGUGCCCGCUUCGACCGCAACUACAUAUAGGAAGGGCGUAGCCGGUUUAAUGACCCAUCCGAGAACUAUAGAGCGCCAACUUGCUUGA